CUUUUUUCUAACAGUAACAAAAAAAAACCACUAUGUUGUUACUAGCUAAGUUUUUUAUAACAUCCUAACUCUACAAUUCUAAGUUACGCCCUGAAGAAGCCAAAUUAAUUCUCUUUGGCGAAAACGUUCGGCGAAACAAUUGAUACUCAUUAGAGUCUUUCUUGCAGGUUUCCCCAAUAUUUAAGAGUUUACUAUUUAACUUAUCUGCAAAGAUUAAAUUUCUUUUUUUAGAGGAACAUGGGGUUCUAUAACAACAUACGGGUUAAUUAUGGUACUGAGGCGUUGAGGUUGCUCAAGGAUUACCAGAAAACUAAUAUCAGACUAGCUAAAGAAAGGAAUCGGAGACUUUUUUUAUUAUCAUGUCGUUCUAAAGGUAUAACACCAAAACACAUUGUUCAUGCCACCUCCUCUGUUCAAAACUAUAUACACAGAAAUGGUUUCUUUCAAUUGCAGGGAUGCCAACAACUUAUCAGGUUAGAUAGCAAACUUUUAAAUGUUGAGAUUGCAACCAAUCAUAGAGUUCUCAAACAGUUAGAAAAGUCACUUACUGAACAAAAAACAGAAAUCAUUAGAUCAACCUCAGAAUAUGAUUGGCUGCAAUUUUCACAUAUUCAAUCUAUUAGAUAUAAUAAAAUAUUUUUUUCAAUUAAAUCUGACAAUAUCAAAAAAAUUGACUCACUAUAUCAGUCCUGUUGCAAAUCUGUUCUUAAAACUGAUCCAAAAUGGAUAAAAAAUUUAUCUACCUCAAUUAUUCCUGAUGAUGUUCUAGGUUUCUUGGCAUUAGGAAAUAAAUUUAGCAUCGAACCAAAGUUAGGAAAAGAUUAUCAAGUAAAAACACUGUUAGCAGAUUUGGAAUACAUAAUUUCAUCAUUGCCAUCUGAAUUAGAGCAAAACUUAAUCCGGUCAAGAACCACCAACAUUAUCACUAAUCACAUUUUGAAUACUUCUAAACCAUCUAAUACUUUUUUUCAUAACUUAUAUACUAAAACUAGAAAAUUUCUUAAAUCCAAUCCUGAGCUUUUGGUGACAAAAGCAGACAAAGGCAAUGUUACGGUCAUCUUGGAAAGAACUCACUACUUACAACUUUGUUCUUCUCUCAUUGAAAACGAUAGAUCUUACACGUCACUUACAUCCAAUCCCUCUUCUUCUCUACAAAGGAAAUGCAAUACAUUAAUAGCAUCCUUAGCUUCUUCCAAUGAGAUAGACCGUAACACUAGGAAAAAAUUAACAACUUAUAAUGGGAACAUUGCAAAGUUUUAUGCUUUGCCAAAAAUCCACAAACCAACACUAUCGGUUCGUCCCAUAGUAGCUUCCAUUGGAACUCCCACUGAAAAUAUAUCGGCCUUUGUUACAGACAUCCUUACUAAUGCAUAUGAUUAUGAAAUUCAGUAUUACAUUAAAGAUUCUUUUGAGAUGGUAAAUAAAUAUAAUGGUUACAUACUACCAUCAAAUUAUGUCCUCGUUAGCCUUGACGUUGUAUCCUUAUUCAGCAACGUACAUCUAGGAAUUUGUUUGACAUCAAUAGAGGUCAAUUGGGACCGUAUUAGAGGUUGUUGUUCCAUGUCUUAUGACAGAUUCAUCAGCAUCGUCGAAUUUCUCUUUAAUAACACCUACUUCUCAUUUAAUGGAAAAUUCUAUCAACAAACUUUCGGUACCCCUAUGGGAGCAAAGAUUUCUCCUAUAAUUGCAACUUACGUUAUGGAUUAUGUGUUAGACUCUGUCAUUCCUUUAUUAUCCUUUCAAAUUCCAUUCAUUAAAAAAUAUGUUGAUGAUAUCAUCUUGGCUAUACCCAAUGACAAGGUAGAUGAACUAUUAAACACCUUCAAUAGUUAUGACCCCUACAUCCAGUUCACUAUAGAGAGGGAAGAUGGUAAUUGGUCCGUCCCCUUUCUCGACAUAAGGAUGAUCAGGGAAAAUAACAACAUUAAAAUAGAUUGGUAUCAAAAACCGACCCAUUCUGGUAGAUACCUUAACUACCACUCUUACCAUAAUAAUUCUACCAAAGUCAAUUUAGUCAAACAGAUGAAAAAUAGAGUAAUAAAACUAUCAGAUCCUUCUUUUCAUACAAAAAACCUACAAAUCCUACAGAAACUUUUCAUUUCAAAUGCCUAUCCAACACCACUAGUAAAUAAGAUUUUGUUUAACACUGUCCAAAACGAGGGAUUUCACCUUCCUUCGCGACUAACAAUGCUGAUCCUGAUGUCUUAA